GCAUCGUCUGCUAUUUUUUCGUUUUCAAAGGUCAAUAUCUCACCGAAAGGUGGGAGGGGUGGAUGAUUUUUCUACGUGUAGGCUGCACAACUAUCCUUUUGAAGCGGAUAGUUCACAGUGCUUAUUCUAUUAUAGAUACUGAUAAAGACAACUCAUGUUUCCAUUCUAUUUUCAUUACGAAGAUGUAUCACGUCAGGAUCUGUUGCUCAAACCGAAUCACGCCAACGUUAUGGAAGUUCCUGGAUCGUGUAAAAUAAGAGUAGUACCAAAGGCAGCACCUUCUAUCAAAAAUGGAAAAUUGGCUAUGGAGAUUCCGCGCGAUCAGAAAUUAAUACAGACACAAAGAGCUUCGACAGGAAAGUCGUUUCGAUCCAAUCCAUUCUUGGGGUCAAAUAAAGACAAAAAAGGAUAUGUCAGUGACCUAGCACGACAAAGCACUCUCCGAGGGCAUGGAAUGUCUAAUUUUUUGGUCAGAAUCUCCACAGUAAUGUCUCUGUUAGAUUCUCCGGUCGAAAUACGGGAAAACUCUAUUCAAUUCUCAAUGGAAACGGAGUUUUGCGAAUUCUCCCCGGAACUGGAAGAUCAUUUCGAGAUCUUCGAACAUAUUCGAGGGUUCAAUGUAACUAUUGUCACUUCGGCCAACACACAAGAUGAGACUUUACCACCGUGGAGCGGCUUUUUGCAAAAAGAGGAGGCCCAAGUCCAAUCCGAAUAAGCUGUGGAUUGGCUUUCUCUCUUGAUCUACGAUAUUGGACUAUCGGGAGUUUGACACAGCCUUUAGGGGGGGCAUGACAGCAGAUAGGGACUACCCGCCUGGCCUCUGCGCCCAAGCCAUAUUAUAACACACACAGGUGAGACAAGAUAGCAGACUGAAAGUGAGUUUGGCUGUGAUUCACGAUGCUUAACACAUGCAAGUCUAAUGAAGUCUUCCCGGAGUCUGUGUCACGCUCUUGAAAGGCCCUAAGAGCGUAAAUCAUCGGUUCCAAUCCGAUAAAGGGCUUCUCUUUUUUUCGGUAUGCCGCUCCGCGAGCAAGGAGUCCCACGCACGAGCGAAGCAAAAA